CAAAAUGAAAUGAAAUGAAAAUGUUACACCUCUCUUCCCCACUUCCUUUAUCAUGCAGUUCACUGGUUAGAGAAUCAUUUCUUUUCAUUACACCGAAUAUUCUUUAAACUGACAGUGUUGUGGUUUGGAAGUUUCUGGAAACAGAUCCUUCUUUUCCAGUCAUGGGUAGCUCUCUUCCCUCUCCUCCUCCUCCUCCUCCGUGGAAUUCCGAUGACGAUUUUGUCCUCAAGAGCGCCGUUGAGGGUGGAGCUUCUCUGGAAUCGUUGGCCAAGGGUGUUGUUUCCUUCUCCAAAAGGUAUUCCACAGCAGAAUUGACUGAGCGCUGGCAUUCUCUUCUCUACGAUUAUGACAUUUCCGAUGAAGCUUCCGUUGCCAUGAACAAUUUGGAGGUUGCCAAGCCUAACAGUGAUGGAAUCAAGGAAGCAGUCUCUGUGGACCUUGGAAUCAAGGAAGCAGCCUCUGUGGAUGUUACUGCCCGGAAGAGGAAAACUCAGACCCUUCGCAAGAAGUACUACGCCAUGCGGAAGAGACUUCGUACAGAGGUUUUUUUUAAUACUUUUGAUAUGGCUUUACGUGAUGAGAUGUGCAUUGAAAAUAACACCACUGAAAAAGAAAUUGUUGGGUCUGGUAAUAUUAAUGAUUGUUUAAAUAAGGAUGUGAAUAAUAAUUUGCUUGUCAAUAGUAUAGUUAAUUAUGGGAAUCAAUUGGGGUUAGUGGGAGCUAGGGCGGGGUCAUCUCAUUCAAUGAGUGAAGAUCCACUUUGGAAGACAAUGGAGGAUGUCUCUGCACCUAACAUGCCGAUCCAUGCUAGUCUUGAAAAUGGAGGUUCUGAGUCGAAAGAGACGAUUCCCCAUGUUUCUGAUGCACUCUUCAACUUGCCGAAUGAAGACGAGCUUAUGUUUGUGAAUAUAGACGAGAAAGACGAGACUGCAGUGAAUAAACAGUCUGAUGCGAAUGUUGAUUCAAUUCUUUUGCGUUCUCCCUGUGACAUUCAAGGCGAGGAUAUGUCUGUUGUUGGUGAAUCUCAGAAGUUGGUUGCAGAAACACGACUUGCUAUGGCAAAUGGUCCGUCUGCUGAGUUAGAGGUUGUUGCUGACUCGCCGGCUAGCAGUCAUGGUGAUUCCGGUUUUGUUGCUGAUUGUAGAAAUGAAGUCCAAUCAUCUGCUGCUGCACAUGGUUCUCACCCUAAGCCUGCUAAUGAAUUUAGGGUCUGUUCAUUGAACACUGAAGAUAGUGUCCCGUCCCCAUCCGAUGGCAUUGAGGAUGUAAACGAAUCCACUGUAGUUCCUAAUUCUGUGAACGUAUCUGCUGUAGUAGUUCCUAAUUCUGCGACUCCGAAACCCAUAUCAAUUGUUAAAGAGGUGGGUUAUCCAGAUUCCUCCAUCAGUAAUCAAAAAAGAAAUGAACCAGGUAGAAGUUUGAAAUCAAGAAAGGAUCAUGUUGCUGCUGUAACGAAAAGAAAAGACAUUCCUUCGAACUUUUCCUCGGCUUUGCAGUCAGUUCAACCAGGAUUAGUGCCUAAUAUAAGCAAGGAAAACCCUGUUGCUGCUGUACCGAAAACUGAAAAUCCCGCAAAGAAUUUGAUUUCUGCAGUUUCUAGACAGAGUAACAAUUUCAUUGUCAAUACCAAUCAAAGUCAAAGCAGAUUAGUUCAUGCAACUAUGAAGCAUGCCUCAUAUGGACAACCGACACAAGAGGUAAUUAUUGCUCUGCCUUCACCUGUUAAUACACAUCCAAAGGAAGAGGAACAUAAGACUUUACCUGAUUCAGAAGCAAAACUAUCAUUCAUCAAUCAGGAAAUAGGCGAUGAUGAUGAUGAGAGUGAUGAUGAUGAUGAGAGUGAUGGUGAAGAGCAAGAAAUUCCUUACUUUUCUGAUGUUGAGGGAAUGAUUCUUGAAAUGGACUUAGGUCCAACCGAUCAAGAUACCAAGGCAAGUACUGAAGUUUCGAGAUUCCAAAACGAAGAAACUAAGAGGACCAUCAUAAGGUUGGAGCAAUCUUCUCAGGCCAUGACGCGAAGAGCCAUGGAUUCUCGCGGUGCACUUGCAGUAUUGUAUGGGCGCACUAUGAAGGAAUAUAUUAUACAACCCGAGGUGAUACUUGGCAGAUCAACAGAUGACACACAUGUUGAUAUUGACUUGGCUAAAGAAGGGCAAUAUGCUCACAACAUAUCAAGAAGACAAGCUUUAAUAAAGAUGGCGGCAGAUGGUUCUUUCCGCAUAAAGAAUCUUGGCAAGAGGUCUAUAUUCUUGAAUGACAAAGAAGUUCCUACAGGACAGAUGCGGGGUCUGAGAUCUGGUACUUUGAUCCAGAUUAGGGCAUUGGCAUUCAUAUUUGAUGUCAAUAAGAAAUGCGUGGAAAAGUUUAUUGAAAAUGAGAAGAAACCUAGAGAGAUAGAAGGAUGACACCGAACGAAGACAAAUGACAUCAAAGGGUUGUAGAAUAGCAUUAUGAAGCCAGCCAAAAAUAGAAGUUAUAAUAGUUUAUUAUAUCAUAUUAAUGUGUUGUCGAUCUAAAGUCAGAUCUGUACAAAUAGAUAGAAGAUAGAGAAACUAUAGAGAUAUAUGUAUAAAUGGCUGCUGCUCAAAGGGGGGAACUUAUCCUGAUGUCAUUGUCUUCAAUGUUCUUAUUGUUGUUUUAAAUAGUUUUGUUUAGGGAUCUUACAUUCCGAACAAUCAUCAAUAAAUUAUUCAAUGAAUAAAGUUAUGUUAUGGUUUCCAACA